UUGUCUCGUGAUAGAAAUAAUCGAAGAUCAUGGAAAAUUCGCAUUCGCGUCGAACUGAAUUAUUCUUUACUAUUUCGGUAUGCAACAUGUCUUCAUACUGGCUAUAUACUUACAACGUCUAUCUUUUAGUAUGGUCUAGUUUUUAGUAUGGAGACAUAACCCGAUCGGGAUGUACUCCCAAUCGGGAUAUAUAUCCCGAUUGUGAUAUCAAGAAAAUUUAUAUCCCAAUCAGGAUAUAAAGAAUUUUAAUUUUUAAUUUGUAAGAAAAUGAUAAAUUUUAAUUAUAUGACAGCUGAAUAUUCUUCUCCUUCUUCUUUAUUUAUUUUAAAAAUUUUUUGUUGGUUGAUGUAAUUUCUUACUUCCACAUUAACAUGUUUCUCAUCAAAUCUAAUUAGUUUAAAAGGAGUGCUGCCGUGCCAGGCAGUAUGAGUAUAAAUGCCGCAACGCCUGGAAUGAUGAUGUUCUCUUGGCAUCUUCAGAAAUGCUGGCUUCACGACUGAUAUACGUUUUAAAAGAUACAGCAAGUUGUGAUUCACUUAUAAAAACCAUAAGGCAGUUUAUCUGCAAGAACGGAUAGUUAGAAAAUUCCCCGUUAAACACAAAGCACGUAUAUUUAUAUAUUGUCGGCGCAUGAGAAAAGAAUUGUUUCGAUAUAUGUGGGCAUCGACAAGGAAGAAAUAAAAAAACACGGUCGACGUGGAAAGCGAUUAGAUCAAGAGUAUAUCCCAUUAUGAGCAAUAAAAGAUUAACAGCCUAUUUCCCAAUCGGGAUAUAAAUUCGACUAAAAUUUCUUAAAAAUUUGUAUUCGAAAAAAUAGUUGCUGAGUGCUUGAUACACUUUUGAUCAAACACAACAGAAUCCGAUGUAGUUUUUCAAGCUCUUUCUAAUGGUGAAGUCAAUUUUACCCGAAAAUGUCGUAAUUUUCCCCUUAAUCGUUUUUACGACGAAAUUUCGUGUUUUAUAUCCCUGUUUGUUUUUUAACUUUUGUAUUUUGAAAUUUCGGUUCGGAAAUCGAGUUGCAAUGCACACAAUUCACGACUUCGAAAACUCCAAAUUUCAGAACAGUAAAUCACACUUUAACUCACUGAAAAGCUUACCACAAGAAAGAGCGUAAAAAAUUACACCUAGCAAAGCAAUUUUUAUCUUGUAUCUGUCGAAAAAAUCCCAUCUAUAUGAUUGCGUAUGAUUGGGCACCAUUGUAAUCGUUAAAAGUAACACCAUUAACAUCACAAUUACAAUAUGAAGUUAUUUUGAAGUCUUAGGUAAAGCUAAUUUUAAUGAUGGAUUAACAAUUAUUCAGCUAAAAGAAAUUGUGCCGCCAUAUCUGUUGUUACAACCACCAUUCAAUGUACAAGAAAAUUCGACCGUUCUUUUCGCUCAACAUUCUGAAAAAGUCAACACACGUUCACUAAGCAUAAAUAGCACACGUUCUGCUGCACUCGACGAUGCUCUUCAACAACUGAGAUCAAGUUCGAACGAUAUCGAUUUAGGGAAUAAAAAGUUUUCGCUCGAUGAUAUCAAAAUAAUUUCGGAAGAACUUAAGAAAAAUACUACAGUAAACACUCUCAAAUUGUACUCUAACGAAAUAUCGGAUGAGGGAGUUGUCUUUAUUGCGGAGAUACUGAAAUCAAAUUCUACGCUAACUGAGAUUAAUUUGUCUCGCAACAAUAUUUCGUUUAAAGGGGCGAAAGCAAUUGGUGCCACUUUAAUAGUGAAUAAGUCGUUAACUGAUCUAUAUCUUCGGGAAAAUCGAAUAUCCGACGCUGGUACUAGUGAAAUAUUCAAUGCGCUCAAAGUCAAUAAAAGACUGAAACGUUUAAAUGUUGGCAAUAAUGAAAUAUCAACAGAAGGAGCAAAAGUAUAG